AAACAAUAUGCAAGCAUUUGCACGUAUUUUUCGAAAUCUAAGGAAUUCCCUUGUACUUUCAAAAUCAAAUUUUAUUGGGGAAGAUCACUUCGGAAACAAAUACUACGAAAGAAUUGCUGAUGAGAAGAGACAGAAAAAAGGUUAUCGGUAUGUGAAAUCUUAUGAUGGACAGCGUAAGGUGAACAGUGAGCUGGAAAUUCCAACAGAAUGGAAUGCAUGGCUACGAAACAGCAGGAAUAACCCUCCAACUAUUGAGGAAAUUGAAAGAAAUAAUCUGUUGAUGAUGAGAACACGACAGAGAGCGCUAGAAGUUGAUGCUGUUGAUGAUAAGGAAAAAUCAUCUCUAGUAGCGAAUAGUGAAAUGACUACGAACCUUGACUCUUCAAAAUUAAACGAGAAACAAGCACAUCCUGAUUUUGAGGACAUGGAAAUAAAAUCUGGAAUUCCAAGAAAGUUUGACUAUAAAGAUAAGGAAAAACCUAUAGACAGAACAGUUUCCUGACAUACACUGUAAUGUUCUUAUUACAUACAUAGGAUAGUUCAUAAAAUGAAUACAAGCUGAAAUUCUGAAGAAUGGGGAGUGCCAAAGCUAUGAAUACUGAUGUCCUGAAAAAAUUCUGUUAUUUAGGACUGUAGUUUGGUAGACAUGAAAAUAUUUAAAUACAACAAUUUACAGUCUUUUACCGAAGCAAAUAUGGUGUUUGGUGUGUAAUGGAAGAUAUUUAAUACUGUUGUGCAGGUUUAAAAAAAAAUAUUGGACAUCAUCUAUUUUACUGUUAACCUUUGAUAACUUUUCACGUAGGACAUCUUUGAAAUUCUUAAGGAGCAUUUGCUUGUAUAGAUGUUUGUGAUAUUGUGAUUGUAGCAGAUCAUUUUGAUGCCAAAUGGAUUAUCUCUGAAAGCUACAAGUGAUAAACUGUUUUUUAUGACUAUUUAUAAUAAACUUGGUAUAUGCAAUAUAUGA